UUUUUUUGGUGACAUCACAGUUAAUUCACAUUACACUGUGUUGAUGAGGACAUCCGGUGUAGACUGGUCGUAAUUAUAACUGUAUCAUUGAGUAUUGGUGGUAGAUGAAAGUGCAGUCCGUUUCUAAAUAUAAACAGUCAACAAGUACACAUUACAUAGAUUUUUGCUGUAAUUAAUAAUAUCAUAAAUAAAUUGCACUGAAUGAACAUUUUUGCUUUGAAUGGCCUGUGGAAUUAUUUACUAUGUAUGAAUGCUAGCAUUGCCGGACACUGGAAGGCUUGUGUGACCUAUACAGGAACCACUAAAUACAGAAAGAAAACAAGUUGAAGGGGACAAUGUGAUUUACUCUGGGGAUGAAAAUUCUUUUAUUCAGUAAAGUCAACAAUGACAGAAGUCCAUUAGAAUUUUAUUUGAGGGGUAGGUAGACCUUCUAAAUAACGGACUCAUUGAUUCCUUAAUAAAAAGCCAAGCAAUUAUUAGCAUCACAAGAAUGCCAUGUUUUUACUUUACUUAUUAUGUACCUUCAGCCUUUUUUGGUUAGUAUUUGUUUUCGGCAAAAUGGACACAGGUUCCAAAUAAAGGUAAUCUAUUUUUAUGUGCAUUCAUUUAGUUUUCAAAAAUAUGUGUUAAACAGUUUGCUGAUUUACUGAAUUGUUAUUCUACAGUAAAGAGAUAUUUCAGAUUACUGCUUUAUUUUAGGCUCGUGUCAAAUUUUUAGUGACUAAACUUUCUCUAAUGGUGCUUUUUUUUCAAAUGGUUUCUGCAUGGUAUUCUUUUUUUCCUGGAUCACUUGAAUGCCUGGAUAGUUUCAGUGCAUUCCAACAAUGUCCCACACAUUUUUUUUAUGAUUUCCAACAUCAAUCAUGCAUGUAAGUUCCUGUCAUCAAGUUGACGUCUUCAUCCACCUUUUGCUAAUGUCUUUGAUCUUCUCCUGUGAUACAUGCCUUUCUAAUGGUAAUCAACUGCUAAAAUCAAGCCUUCCACUUACCAUAGUAAAAUUAUAAUUUCUUUUUUAUAGAAAAUAUGACCAUCAGUUUACAGUAUGCCGGACUUAAUAAGAAAAGAAAUGUUUUGGCUAGUUGUUACACAUCAAUUAUGGUGAAAUGAAAAAUAUUUUGUGUACAUUCUUCAUACUUCAGAAGAUGAUAUAUAGUGUAUAAGAAAACAAAUUGAACCUAAACCUUGGCUGUUUCAGUGUUUAUAAUUCUCAAUAUAAACUAUCACAUGCAAGUCAUGUUUCAACUGAACAUAAAAAUCCUAUAUGUUGAAUACAAGGAAGUUGAAUUACAGAGUAUAACCAUUGAUGAUAAGACAAAUUACACCCCCCCCCCCCCCCCCCCCAUUGUUUUUAUACCCCCAUAAUACAAACAAGCUAAAUAUUCAUUCCUUUAAAUUCAAUGAUAGAGCUACAUGUACUACCAAUUGUGCUGUAAGUAUAAGUCUGCUAAUUUAUCCACCAAAAAAGUUUACAACAAAAGAUUGCAGUGGUUUGCCUAGCUCAUGCUCGCUGCACGGUUAUAGCUAUGUAGAUCUUAUCAGCUAAUGCUUGUUAACUAGCCUAAAUGUUCUGUCUCAUUCUUAGUUAGCACUAUUAGGUACCAUGUAGCUGCUAUGAAAUGAAUGCAGCCCUAUUGUAAUGUUCUGGUGCUUUUGUUCUUUUUUUUUUUUUUUUAAUGUUUUAUUUUUGUAUUUUCAACACAUUCAUACAUACAAACUGUUCCUUUUUUAGAUUCGAAUAUACCAUAUACAGCAGUGUGCUGCUUAUUAUAAUCUACCUGCUGUUGAUGUAUUUUUUUAAUUUGAAUAUAUCAUAUGUUGCAGCGUAUUUAUCUGCUAAUGACGUGUUUUUUUUAAUUUCAUACUUCUUGUCCUGUUUGUGAAAUUUAUUUUUGUUUGAAUAGAGACCUAAUUUCGACAUUUUAAAAAAAAAAAUUGUGCACCCUGUUCUUUGGCCCGGGAACCCUUGAUCGAGUUUGAAUAUUGCUGUUCAACUUUCACUAAUGAGCAUUUAAAUAUGAGAUAGCAGUUUGUUUAGAUCACAAUCAAAAAACAAUGAGUUCAUGUACUGAAACAGUGAAACAGAAAGUCAUAACAAAAUGCCAAAAUGAAGUCACUGAGCCCAUUCAGUUUGAUUUGUCAGGACAUUUUUCAGAGAUGAAAUGUAAAAAAAAAAUAUUUCUCUGAGGUAUGGAUUACUAAAACGGAGAAGAUGUGUGUGAAGUGUUCUUUAUCACCAUACAACAGACAGUUUGGUCCCUUAUGAAGACAUAGCCAAUAAACCAUUUUUUUCUUCUUUAUGGAUUUUCGUCAAUAAUGCAUGAUGGGGCAAGGGAUCCGACAACUAUUUCUCCUUCUUGCUUUGGACAUAUAUACUCAAAUGACUGUGGGGCAGGAAAUUUCUCUGCGAUACGAUUUACUGGAGCAACAGUCUCAAGAAACGUUUGUCGGAAAUGUAGCAGUGGACAGUUUACUGAAGGCCAAUGUGACUCAGGAGGAACUUGACCGCAUGAAAUUUCAAAUUCUAACUCAAGGAAGUAAAGAUGCCUCAUUCUUUAUGAUUGAUGAGAAAUCCAGCACAAUCAAAACUGCAAAUGUUCUUGAUAGAGAAGUUCUCUGUGAAUACGAAAUUCAAUGUGUUCUGGAAUUCAGUGUGGCAGUUUACAAGCAACACCCUCAACACAGUAAUCUAGAUCUCUUCAAGAUUUUUACAAUCAAAGUUAACAUUGUAGAUGCCAAUGACAAUGCUCCAACAUUUCCUAAAUCCCAGGUGGCUCUGAAUGUUCAGGAAUCCGUGCCUGUGGAUUACGUCCUCCUGACCAGUGGAGCCGUGGACCCAGACAUGGGUGUCAACAAUUCCAUUCAAUCCUACACGCUUAAACCCAGCAACGAAAUGUUUGGGUUGAAAGAAAUCAAAAAUAUCGAUGGAACCACAGAUUUAGGACUCAUUGUUCGUUAUAAGUUAGAUCGUGAAACUUUAGACUUCUACCAAGUUGAAAUUGUUGCCAAAGAUGGCGGGUUUCCUCAGCGGUCCGGGGCUGUUCUUGUGAAUAUCACUGUGAUCGAUGACAAUGACAAUAGACCAUUAUUUUCUCAGGCUAAAUAUGAUGCUGCUAUUCCAGAAAAUCAUCCAGUUGGGAAAAGUGUUUUAACUUUAUCAGCCCAAGAUUUGGAUAUUGAUGAAAAUGGUGAAUUUACUUUUUCAUUUAAUUCAAGAGUGCCACAAAAAAUAAAGGACAAAUUUGCUGUUAAUGAAACCUCGGGGGAAAUUUACACCAUUUCAGAAAUUGACUUUGAAGAGGAAGAUAAUUAUCAAUUUUUAGUGGAAGUGCAGGAUAAAGGAAGAGAACCCAAGUCAUCCACCUCCAUUGUAAAUAUCAACAUUUUGGAUGUUAAUGACAAUGCCCCACAAAUCAGUGUGAAUCUGCUUCCGGAUGGAGCGGAUAUUCUGGAAUCGGCAGAGGUUGGGAGGUAUGUGGCCAACUUUGCUGUGUCAGAUCGAGACAGUGGUGCAAACGGAAAAGUCCAGUGUCAAGUGCUGGGACAAUUUUUCAGAAUUGAGGAAAUUUUCACCAACAUGUACAAAGUGACCAUCAAAAAUCCACUGGAUUAUGAAUCUAAGCAUGUUCAUAAUGUAACCAUUCAGUGCCAAGACCAGGGGAUUCCCCAGCACCAGAACACAUCCAGCUUCCUCAUCAAUGUGCUAGAUGUCAAUGACAACAGUCCAGUGUUUCUACAGUCUAUAUACAGGGCCACCAUCAUGGAGAACAAUCCACCAAACGAAGUCAUCACCACUGUGGAAGCAGUGGACAAGGACUCGGGUCUGGCUGGAAAAGUCACCUAUUUCAUGCACACUGACGGAAAAGAUAAUUUUAAGGUUCAUCCCACAUUAGGAGUGGUCACUGUGACAAAGUCACUGGACCGUGAAAUAAAUCCAGUCAUUUUGUUCCACGUGAAUGCAUCUGAUGCUGGUAAUCCACAGCUUAAAUCUUCCACCCUUAUCAGACUGACCCUGGAAGAUGAGAAUGACAAUACUCCACAUUUUAAGAAGUCCCACUUUGAAUUUUAUGUUGUAGAAGAACAGAAGAACCUGCCCAUUGUUGGGCGCCUCUUUGCAGAAGAUCCAGAUGCAGGACCUAAUGGUCAAUUCUCUUUUGAUUUUGCAUCCCCUCGUUACCCUGAAUUUAUUCUUGAUUAUGAUACCGGUUUACUAAAGGCUGGAAUGCUGGACAGAGAGCUGAAGACAGUGUAUAACUUUAAUGUAACAGUAUCAGACAAAGGAACUCCCCAGCGCUCCAGUGUGGCACUUGUAACUAUUCAUGUACUGGAUGCCAAUGACAAUAUGCCAAGGAUUAUCUACCCUGAUAAUCUUAAUAACACAAUCAAACUCAUGUACACCACUCCCAAAGAAUCCGUGAUUGCCAGAAUACAAGCAGAUGACAUUGAUGAAGGAAAUAAUUCCAUGCUUUCAUUCUACAUCCACCAAGUGGAACCUAGUAAAAAUGAUCUUUUCAAAAUGAACUCCGCGACAGGGGAGUUAAUCAUUGCCAAGACGAUGCAUCUGUAUGAUGCUGACUCGUAUAGGCUCGUGUUGGCAGUAAAAAAUGGAGUUUUCACCAUGUAUGCCAACCUGAAUGUUAUCAUCACUGUCAGUAACAAUACAGUACUAGGCCCACAUUCUCAGGACUCCGGAGAAAGUAACAUAUUAAUCGUUGUCGCCAUCGUCGUGGUGACUGUCAUCCUUUCUGUUGCUAUCAUCGCUGCCAUUUGCGUUGUGAAGUAUGUGGACAGACAUCGACAACUUCAGAAAAAGACACGAGACGAGAUUGUGAUUGGUAUGAAGAAGCAGGAGAGUCUUACAACUGAGUCGUCACAGUUUACAGAAAUGAAGCCCAGAAAUAAGAAGGAAGUCAGCUUUUCAUUAAGUGACGACGAUUCCAUGAACAUCUCGUCUCUGACAAAUAUCACCUCAUUCUCUUCCUACAUGAAGAAUCCCCAUUCUGUCUACUCCAUGGAGGAAAAAUCAUCAGAGGGUCCACAGGCUUGUAGUUCCAUUAUGGCUAACAAUACCCUACACAUGGACUUGUCUAAGGACCACUUGACUGAGAAAAACCUCAAUACGUUGUAUCACCAACAGAUCAAAUCACCUGCCUGGCUUCGACAGUUACAGGAAAAGACCAGGAGAGACCCCAUGUCCAGGAAGGCAGAUGAUGAUGACAGUGAAAUGUCUGCAGAGUCAGCUACUAGUGACAGUGGAAGGGGAGGCAGCGAAGAGGAUAUAAAUAGCAACAGGGGAAACCCCAUGAGUGAUUCAGAAGAAACAAGGCAAGCAUACACCAAUGAGUAUCCACAAGGGGAACAAUCCCAUAAUAUCCCCAACAAGCAUGGAAACGCAUUACAUUCCAGCUACCAGAAAAAGCUACCCUCCAAUGAUAAUUACCAUAGAAACAUUAGUUUUAGUGAUGACAGUGUGACUGCCAAUACAACAAUAGAUUGUGCUAAAAAUAGACACGGGCGCUCGAGCCAAGACACACACAACCAAUCGUCGUUGUCUCGGAUACUGUGCUUGUCAUCAGAUCGUGGUCUGAGUUUUGUGAAUGGCCACACCCACUUAGACACCUUAGAUGAAGCCACUCAUAGUACAUUUGGUCUCAGAUACUCUUUACAGGACAUUGACGACACAGUCAGUGAGAGUGUCAUCACGCGGGACGAUGACGGAAACUCCACCACAACGUCUGGGAGCUACACCAUUAAUCCCGACGAACUUGUGCACGAAAUUGACAAUUUGUUCUUUAAAUCAGAUGUUGUGGUCUGAAAGUGUGUUGAUGUAUUGAGAGUCCCCGUAAUGUGCCAAAAAUAUGCUGCUGUAUCUAUAGUUUUGUUGCUAUGGUAACAAAAUAGGGGCCUAUGGAUAUAUGUAGUAAGACUUUAAAAGUCACACUAUUUAAAGGUGCUGUAAGAUGUCACAAGACAUCGGCAAACAUGUAUAGUCAUAUGAUUCAGGGUUUAACUAGCAUGCAUUUCUUCUGAACUCUCAUCUAUAUGUAAAUUUAAUUACCAAACAUUGAAUCAGUAUUUUGUUGUAUGGUGAUAAUGUGAUACCAAAAGGAUCUCUUUGCUGAGUAAAAGUGUCCUGUAAUCUUAUUCGAUAAUUCUUACCAAAAUAUUACAAUUUGAUAUAUGCAUAUUAUUGUGCAUCAGUGUUUUCAUAGAAUGCCAAGCAUUCUCUUACAUUUCACACAUAUUUUAUAAAACACAUGUAUCUUUCGCUCAUUUCUAUUUUUAUGUGUCAUCAUCCAUUUUGUUAUACUCAUUUUAUGCAAUUUUACAAUGUCAAAUAGCAGUUGUUGAAAUUUGUACAUAGUAAUUUGUAAAUUGACUUAUAUUUGACUUUUUAAAUUGCAACAAAAUAAAACAGAGAAAUAUA